UUCUCUCGGAUUUACCCAAUUUCCCUUUUUAUUUUUUACUAUUGGGUCAGGUUCUGAUGGGAAUUCGACUGGUUUUCUUUGUUUUGAGUUGGGUUUGACUUGUGCUGCUUGUUGCUCGUUUGUUCUUUACGGUGCAGAUGUAGACUAUCUUUCCCAUAACUUUUGAGAAUUAUCUGAGUUUUGCUCGUUUAAUUGUUACUGUUCUUGAUUUUUCACUUCAAUUUGUUUUGUUUGAGGUCAAUAAGAGGGCGAAUCUUCAUGAAGCUUUGGAAAUGAAGUUCCGCAAGUGUGUUCUUAUGUAACCUCAAGAUUAACCCAUGUCGUGCUAUUUGCUGAUAUAGUUUAGAGUCAGCUCCGUACUCUUAUUGCCGUUCUUUUUCUGAUAGGAGACGAUUCCCUCAAGGAAAAACUUACAUUUUUGCAUACAAGAGGAUAUAGUGUUGGAUUUCUGCAAAAUAUCUGGAAAGAUUGGUCAUGGAUGUUUCAGAAUGUGACACAACCGAAGGCUUGGAGCAUAAAAUGAAAAAGAGAAAGCAAGAACAGUUUGAUGAUGCUCCUGUAGGAAACAAUAUGAGCAGUGUUCAUUCUGGUUCUGAAGAUGCAUCUUCAAUGGAUAAAAUCCUCUCUGAAAAUGAUUCUGCUUCUGCCAUGUUCAUUAUAUGCUCUAAGUUGGAAUCUGAAACAGAAAAGAUGUGUAAUGUUCAUGAAAAGAAGCAGGACGAUGACCGAAAAAUGUCCGAGGAUAUGGCGACAGAGCAUGGAAAUAUAAAUGGUUCUGGUAAUCUUAUAUAUAGUGUUGAAAUGGAAGAGCCAAGUUCCAUGGAUACUUACAAAGUAGAGUCUGGAAUCUCUGAAGAUACAGGUGGUAUGAGAAAUCAUGAUGAUCAUGAAAACGUUGUCAAUGUUACCGAAGAACUGAGCGAGGAGACGAUAGAUGCAAGGAAGGAUUAUCAUUCUAGAGAACAAUUCUCCGACAUUGGUAAUUAUUUUCCAUGUAAAGAGCAGGAAAAUGAGAGGGAUCACUCAUUGAAAAGUUCCGUUGUAGAACAGAUAAAUGGGGGAGGCACUGUGGAGGAAGCUUCUGUUUUCGGUUCGGUUGGUGAGCAUGAUGAUGAGACUUCAACAAGCAAGGAACUGAUUACAUCAACUCCUUGCUGCAUACCUCCUGAACUGGAUAAUGCUGAAACUGUGAAGGAAGAAGUUGUAUGUUUCUCAGGUUCUGGUGAGACGAGCAGUGGUAUUGACGCUAUCAUCGAAGAGAAAACUCCGACACUAGUAUUGGAUACUUCAGAGAAAGGGGAUUCUAUUGGUUGUUCAAGGAAAAAGCUUCUUGUUCUCGAUGUAAACGGACUGCUUGCAGAUUUUAUUUGUUAUGUUCCAUAUGGAUAUAAGCCAGACCUUGUAAUUGGACAAAAAGCAGUGUUCAAGAGGCCAUUUUGUGACGAUUUUAUCAAGUUCUGUUUCGAAAGAUUCGAGGUGGGCGUUUGGUCAUCGAGAACUCGGAGAAAUGUGGACAUGGCCAUAGAUUUUCUAAUGGGAGACUUCAGACAAAAAUUACUAUUUUGCUGGGAUCAGUCACAGUGUACCGACACCACGUUCUCAACCGUUGAGAACAAGCACAAGCCUUUAGUCUUGAAGCAAAUCAAGAAGCUGUGGAAAUACCUUAAGCCACGAGAGUUCAAUGCAUCAAACACCCUACUGUUGGAUGAUUCCCCACACAAGGCAUUGUGCAAUCCGGACCAGGGGGCGAUCUUCGGGUUUAUCUGGAAGGUUUAUCAAUGGCAGAAAAUGUUCAAAAAUACGUCGAGCGGAAUCCUUUCGGUCAACGCCCCAUUACAGAAAAGAACCCGUCUUGGAAGUUUUAUAGGCGGAUCAUAUAUUUCGUUGAGCGCAGAAACGAUCAGGAGGAUACCAAUUCCUUCAUAUGGAACUGAAAAAGGUACACUUGAGAGGCAUUUUCAAUCUUGUUGGCAUAUCCCUUUGUAUGGAUGGAAAAGGUUUUCCCCUCCUGAUGUGAAGGGCUUUUGAUGCAUGAAACCAUCUAUUUCUAACCUUAGUUUCUCUUAUGCUGGUAAUUGAUGAACUUUGUCAUUUGCUUUAAUAUUACCGUUAACCGUUCAUCGUCCAUAAACAUUUUAAAUCUAUCUUUGAAGUAGAAAUCCUUUCGAUUCUUUGAGUACUAAAUGAUUCGAUCCUUAUUGAUAUUUGAAUGAAUGUUGAACUGAUUGGUUGUUUAUUGAUUAUGAUGUGGUGGGUAUUAAAAAAAAA